AUGUUUCACAUGAAAUUGUUAAUGAUUAUUAUAGCAAAUAUAAAGCUUAUAACAUGCUUACAAACAAACGUUGAUAAUAUAUUUAAGGAGGCGCCCACUAUUAGGUGUAACAAACGUUCGUUUGAUACAAUUGAGCGAUUGUUGCCCACAUUAUUCCCGCCGGGAACUGACCAGAGAGUACCGGAAACCACUGUCGAACUGAAACAAUAUUGUAAUUUAUAUGAUAAAAAUAAGCAAUUUAUUUUGGGUUAUUUUAAGUCAUGCACCGGACAACUGUCCCAAACUGUGGCCAAAAUUAUGUUAUAUAACAUCGCUAAACAAAUGGAGUUGACCUGUAAAGCGGGCAAAAUUAGUAAACAGGCCCGAGAACUGAUGACCGCAGGAAAGUGCGCUAAUAAGGCUAAACUAUUGAUCAGAGAGUGUAAUACAAAACUGAUUGACGCACUGUUAGGUGCAAAGAAAGCGCCAGAAAAAAGUCGGAUUUAUAUGACCUGUUGUCAUUCAAAUGCUUAUCGAUUGUGUCUAAGAGAGGCCACUGAGGAAACAAAGGGCUGUACAUCACAUACUAUAGAUUGGGCCGAAAAAUAUGUACUAAAGAUGUUGGGCUCAGCCAUAAACCUUAUUUGUGGCCAAUAUUUUGAAGAGUCAGACAAAUGUCUAAAAUUGAUUAAAGAAACUCCAGAACCACAGAUACCUUUGGGAAAAACAAAACCAACAAACUUUUUACUACCAAUGCUUGACUUAAUGGAAAGUAUUAGUGAAGUUCCCAACAAAUAAUAUACAUGAGCU